UGUAUUUUUGUUAGCAUAUUCAUAUUUAAUCUUUUUAUUAGGAUAGUAAGUAUGCAUAGUAAUAGGCUUCGUUAUGAUAUUCUCAUGUGUGUCCAUAAUGUGUUUUAAAUAGAUUCCCUCCCUUGCGCUCCCUCUUGUAGCCCUGCCCCCCACUGGUCGCUUUCCUCUUUCUUUCGACCUAGCUCUCCUACUUUCAUGUCUGUGUGUGUCUGCAUGUGUAUGGCCAUGGAUGAAAGGCUAUUUAUGGCAUCGUGGCACCUUACUAGUGGUUAUUCUACUGACAAAAAGCUCUCUUCCCUCCCCCAGUGAUUAUAAACUGCUUCAACAAGAGGUAGAACUUCGUAAGUUCCUUGUCUCCUUUGUGACAAGAUGUUGAUGGGCCCACUCUUGUGCAGUCACAGCUGCUAUGAGUUCUGGAGUGCCCUGGCUGUGUCAUGCCCAGGAGAUAGCGCUCCACAACGGCACUCCACCUCAUCCUUUGGCUCUUGUCCUUUUUCUGCCCUCUCUGGGACUGCAUUUACCCACAUGGCAGCCUUGUUCCCACCGCCACCCGGUCCCAGAUUUGUCCUCCGAGGCACACAGUCAGCUGUGAACACGCUCCAUUUCUGCCCACCACCCCAAGCUGCAGAGAACCCACUCCUUUUCUCAGGGUCUCAGAAUGGCCUAGUACACAUCUGGAGUCUACAAACAAGAAGAAUAGUUGCCACUCUCAAUGGCCACGGGGGCCAGAGUGUCAUCUGGUUGAAGACACUGCCGCAGGGACACCAGCUCCUCAGUCAGGGCCGGGACCUGCGGCUGUGCCUGUGGGACUUGGCAGAGGGCAGGAACACCAUCAUGGACUCAGUUCAGCUGGACAGUGUGGGCUUCUGCAAGAGCUCCAUCCUGGUCAGGGGACACCUGUGCUGGAUGCUUGCUGUGCCAGGGAAGGGCAGCGAUGAGGUUCAGAUUCUGGAGAUGCCGUCCAAGACGUCAGUGUGCACCCUGAAGCCGGAGGCAGAUGCCAAACCAGGCAUGCCCAUGUGCCUGGGGCUGUGGCAGACUAACUCCAGUCUCCGCCCCCUCCUUCUGGCUGGCUAUGAGGAUGGAUCUGUAACCCUGUGGGACAUCGCAGAGCGGAAGGUGUGCAGCCAAAUCACCUGCCAUGAAGAGCCUGUCAUGGGCCUUGACUUCGACUCUCAGAAGGCCAAGGGCGUCUCCGGCUCUGCCGGGAAGGUACUGGCUGUCUGGAGUCUGGACGAUCAGCAGUCCCUGCAGGUGAAGAAGACCCAUGAACUCACCAAUCCUGGAAUUGCCGAAGUCGCCAUCCGGCCAGACCGCAAGAUCUUAGCUACAGCAGGCUGGGACCAUCGCAUCCGUGUGUUUCACUGGAGGACAAUGAAACCACUGGCUGUUCUGGCUUCCCACAGUGCUCCUGUGUACUGCGUGGCCUUUGCUGCUGAUGGCUUGCUUGCUGCGGGGUCCAAGGACCAGCGUAUCAGCAUCUGGUCACUCUACCCCUGCCCAUGACUUAGCUGUGGGACACUGCUGUUUUACUCCAGUCUUGACCCAGCCCUGUGGAGGACCUUCAAGUCCCUCUGAGGACAGCAAAUUGUGGCCAAAGGUCUGUGGGAUCCACUUUCUCUGUGAGGUUUGCUGUUCCUUUUGUGACUGUCAUUCAGAUGAUAGACAUCUGGCACCUAGAGCUUGGUAACACAUAUAGCUUAGGCCUGGUAGAGUGGCCAGACUAAAGAUAUCUGACAAUAAAUUCCCCAUUGCCAACCUGAAGCACCAAGGUGGGAACUUUCCACAAAGGUCUCCCUGUGUUCUCCCUUUAGAGUAGAGCAUUCAGCUUGCCCAGCAGGCCUCUCAUCAGCCUUACUUGGAAGCAGUGGUUCUGGGUGCAGGUACUCAGCGCUUGGCCUCGGGAGGCUGUCAGUCCCACAGUGACUGUCUGCCAUACCCUCUGGCACAUUGCCCCAGACAUGUCCAGGGACUCCUGACAUCUAGGGCUCAGGUCAGCAUGAGGAAUGGAUGAAACUGGGCUCCCUAAAGAGGGAGGCAAGAGUUAAUGGGGUGACCAAGGUGGUCAGGGAAGGAGAGGCAUGUAGAAUGCAGUAUAAGGCCGGGUAGAAGACCGGGAAAGGAGGGUCUAGCCUCUGACAGGAUAAGGUAAAGGGAUAGCCUAUCUUCCAGUCAGCCUGCAGGAGGCAAGGGAAAGCACCCGAGACAGGCCACAAGCUGGACCUUCUGUAGUGCCCAGGCUGCAAGCACAGCUCUGUGGUGUAUGGAGUAACAAGGCCUUGAGAGUCAGGAGUGACACCUGGUGCCUCUUUCAGCAUGUGGGUGACAGGCGAGCAGCCUCCGAGGUAGUGUUGACCGGGGUGGUGGACUAUAAAGGUGAAGAUGCAGGUAAGGAGUGUAGACUGUGCCCCGAAGAGAUGGAGCGCCCCCAAGUGCUGCCCUGCCAGGCACUGGUGACUUUAGAAUUCCAACUGCCCGCCGGGCCACAGAUCUGUAACUAAACACUACACAUAGCCUGCUGAGACUGAAUGUGUCUAUGUUGAAAGUGUCACCGUUUGGCCUGGUGUCCCCAAGCCGGGGAGCACACAUGGGAGGCCAGGAAAGGAGUGUAUGGUCCAGGUGAAGUACAUUCAUCAAGAACUAUGGCUUGCUGUCAUAGCACCAGGGACCCAGAAAGCUGGUUUGAUUGGUGAUAAGUUAGUUAGACUCAGUUCAAAAGAUGAGUGUACGUGGGAAGCUGAGAAGCCAGGUGGAGGAAGGGAUCCAAUGGUUGGAAGAUCAGACUAUGGCCUGUUAUGGGUGGCUUGGGAGGAUGUGCCUUUUGCCCCAUAUUGAGGGAGGCAGUUGCCAGGGGAACCCAGCAUCCUCAGAGGGCUUCAUGGUUGCUCCUGUCAGUACACCUGUGAAGGACAGGACUUGAUGGUAAGCAAACACACACAGGAGGCCCUGGGAUGUUACAACUGCAGCUUCUAGCUUGGAAUCUCUAAAUGGAGUGAGGAUCACUAGCUGCCCCAUGGUGGGAAUGUUCCUCGUAAUAGGCUAUGAAUUGGGAGCCACCCUCAGCAGAACCUGACCAGUAGAGCUCUGGCUGGCUGGCUUUCCUGGAGUCCCUAGAAAUGGCAUGGACCAACUUGGUCCACAUAUGUAGAAACAUGUAGACCUAGUGAGCAGGUUAAUCCAGGUCACAGGCACAGGCCUCUUCACUCCCUUUGAAGGAAGUAAUAGACAGACUCUGCUCAUCCUUUUCCCAGAAUCCUCCAGGGGGCCUGCUCUAUUUUAUUACCCUGGGGUGGGGGCAUGGGUAGCUUGGUUGCAGGGAAAUUGGUGAGCCCAUCUAUGAGUGGGAAAGAUAGCCCAGUUCUUGCCUGUGCCUACACGCUGCUGUGGUACCCAGGCAGCACGGAGCAAUGCUGUCCUGUUGAGUGCUCCAGUUGUCUUUUACCAGCACUUUUGGAGAUGACCUCAAGCCUUUGUAGUCAAUAUGGCUGCCUCAGGAAGUCUAGCACUGGAAUUGUCAUCUCACACAAGCUCUGUCAAACCUUCCCACCCCUUCCUUGUCCCACGCUUGGGAGGCCCCAUCUGUCCAUGAGGUGGUGGUAUAUCGCUGUUUCCUCCAAAGUGGAACAUCCCUCUUUCCAAGGAGGGAGGCUUAUAGACUCGGUUCUGAGGCUCUCAGGCCCCUGGCCCAGAGUUACAAAAGGCUGUAACAACUGCCGGGGAGAGGACACUCCCCAGUGGACUGCCUGCAAGCUGGGCCAGGAGCUCCAGGGACGCCGCUUCUGUGAGAGAUCCCCAGGACUGGCCUGGGUGAUCUCAGCUGCCUUGGAGUCACCUAUGCUCCUGAAGGGUACCCCAAUAAAGUCAUUGGUUCACUAGGCUUGACUUGAUUUGUGAGAGGAACCAUCAUCUGUGUCCUAUCUGGGGUAUGUGUCCAUGUCUCCCCAGAAAGACAUACAACAUAGGGAAUGGGACCUGGAAGAACCACAGCACCUUUAUGUGGAUGCUCUGGGAGCCCCCCUCUACCCAGCGCGUGCACUGCAUGAUGGGGCUGUGUGGAUCCAACCCUGCAGUUUCCUCUCAGUGCCCAAAUGCCCACGCAGGCAGCUUGAACUGUUUUCUUCCUUCGAUUUCCUUUGGGAGUCAUUUUAAAUGGCAUCAUCCACACUGGCUAAGCCAUGAGGCUUCCAUGAAUGUCAUCCCUGUCUCUGAAUAAACAAGCAGCUUCCUGUCGGCUACAGCGGAGGAGUCACACAGAAAGGAAGUGUGGCCCAGAAGCAACACCUGAACCAGUCCAUGGAUAAACUGCUCAUGUUCCCAGAACAAGCCUGGGGGACUGUAGCUCCUUGCAGCAGCAUAGCCCUGACCAGUAAUCAAGGGUACUCAUCCUCUUAGACAUUCCCAGACCAGCUGGCCAGGCACCUGAAUGACAGAGCCCAUUCCCUGCCUCUCCAGUGGCUGCCCACACAUACUUUCACAUCAUGGGAGGUCACUUACAGCCAAAGAAAACUAGUGUUGGAAAUAGUGGUGGGCAAGCCUGUGCUCAGUGCUGAUUCUGAGUUGCUGUAUUCAGCCACAGCAUCCUUUCCAUUUUGUUUUCCUUUGUAGCCCAGGCUACCCUGGAACUUUAUAUCCUUCUGUCUUUGUCUCCCGAGUGUGUAAAAUCACCCGAGUCUGCCUCUGUACCCAACUGCCAUAUGUACUUAUUGGAUAUUUCCUUUGAGUCGGGAGCACAAGAACAAGAAGUAGUGAGAGGGUCCUUGUCUCUUCCUGUCCGACCCCGUGGCUGCUGAGCAGGGCUCUGAACUCCUGGGGCUGCCCCAAGGCCUGUCCGUGUACCUCUAGCUAGCAGACGGGGUGGCCUUGAGAGUGUCUGCUUGAUUACUUCGGUAACUCAUUCGAAGGGUUGAUGUAGAGCCCGUGAGCUGUACCAGAGACGCCCAGCAGCUCUGGCUGCUGCACUGGACCUGGAAGACUCAAGCCCUUGGUAUGGUGACAAGGCCACCUGAAGAGAUUUUUGCCUUUGGACCUCUAUAUGCCCACUCUCUUCAUAGCUACUCUGAGACAGCCUAUUAUCAUCUGGGCAUCGAUUAUCAUCUACUACGGGAAGUCAUCACCUACUCAGCCUGUGUUGCCAGCUGGGCCCCUGUAGGACAGGUGACCCUGGAGCCCCUGUCUGUUCUCGGAUAACUUGGUGUCCUGGCUGACUGGUUGUUUUGUCAACAUGACACUUUCAUUUGGGACGAAGGAUUAUUAAAGCUGAGAAGAUGCCUGACAUGUUCUUAAUUAAUUGAUUCAGGUGGGACCCCUGGGCAGAGCAUCCUAAGUUGUAUGGUCCUAAAGUUGUAUAAGAAAGCAGGCUGAGCAAGCCAUGGGGAGCAGCAUCCUUCUUGGCCUCUGCCUCAGUUGCUGCCUCCAGGUUCCUGCCUUGAGUUCCUGCCCUGACUUCUCUCCGUGAGAGAUUAUGACAUGAGGGUUAUAGGAUGAAAUAAACCCUCUCCUCCCCACGGUGCUUUUGGUCAUGGUUUUAUCCAAGCCAAGGAAACUCUAAGACAAUUAGGAUCACAGGGCGUGUAGAGCUCUGGCCUCUGGGGAUAAGCUAGACGAGCUGCAUCUGGAUUCAGCACUGGAUGCUGAGGGUUAUCAGACGCCCUGAGAUUAUCCAAGGACAAUUCGAAGCACAGUAUGCAGAGAACCAGUGCCCAGGCCUGUGCUGAAGUGCAGUGCAGUGCAUGUCUCUAUGCUUUGCAGGAGUGAAUGGAGUUCACUGAGGUGUUCCCCACUGUGUCAGCCAAAAAGCCACAGCGCUCCCUCUGCACAAAAGGAUUGUUUGCAUAAAGAGAAAAUAUCCCUCUGGGGCUCUUUAGAAAUGCUUGAUUCUCAACUAGGUAUAACUUCAUGCAGAACCUCACCGUGGCAGACAGCAAGCUGGCAUCGACGACAACACCAUUAAAGCUAACUUGCUAUAUGCUUGUGUCUCACCCAAACAAGGCGUAGAACCACCAACUCCAGCGGCUUUGGGAAAGGCAUGUUGCUGCAGGGUCUACCAAGCCCGCCUCUGCUGUGAGGCCUCAGCCUGCAAUCCUACCCCAUCCCCCAUAGGUGUUCAGCAGUUGCCUGAGGACUGGGGAAGUCUCAGCAGCUUGGCAGAUGAGUUCUCCUAACACUUUGUUGGCCUCCAAAGGUCAGCAAGCCAAUCUGGCCGUCAGGGAGGCUCAUGAGCAAGACAGGAAGGCAGUGUCUGGGCAGGGUGGAUAGAUGGAAGGUGCGGAUAGCUCACCUGGUAGACUGGUGGACUGUACAGGAAAGAUUUCUCAGCUCUGCUCAAGCUGUAACUCCCACACGAGAGGGACACUGUGGGCUAUGAGGGAACAGGGCGUGGCUAACAGUAUCAAGCCAAAAUGAGUAGCUAGCACUCAUUUUUGUUGAGUGUGGAAGCUUAUAUCACUAGGAAGCAAAGGUAGGAGGUUCACAAUUUGAAGUGAGCCUGGGCUAUGCAGCAAGAUAAUCCUGUCACCAGUGAUAGACAGACAGACAGACAGACAGACAAAGUAAAUAGCCAAAUAUUGUGGCACAUGCCUUUAAUCCUAGCACUUGAGAGGCAAGUGGAUCUCUGCAAAGGCAACCAUGACUACAUAGUGAGUUUCAGACCAGCCAGGAUUCUAUGAUAAGGCCCUGUCCCCCAAAAAAUAAAAUUAAAAAUGGGAACUAUUGGGUUGUUUUUGCCAAGUGUUGUAGUACACGUCUGUCAUCCUGAGUUUGAAGCUACCCUGUGCUUUAAUAGAAAGUAAAUGAUGUCAAAAUAAAAUAAAAUAAGCAGC